AUGUCUACGACCAAGAGUGCCGGGGAUCCCGAGGUAACCGCCACUAUCAAGCUGGGCCCCGUGUCGACUCCCGAGAGUACCAAGAAGGUGCAGAGCCAGGAUCCUAGUCUCGGGAAUGGGAGCUCCACAGAGCCAUCGAAGAAGACCAAGGGCAUAACAGGGUUCCAGACAUUGGUUCACCUGGUCAAAGGCAACAUGGGCACUGGGAUCCUGGGACUCCCCUUGGCUGUGAAGAAUGCAGGCAUCUUGAUGGGCCCGCUCAGCCUGCUGGUGAUGGGUCUCAUCGCCUGCCACUGUAUGCACAUCCUGGUCAGGUGUGCCCAGCGCUUCUGUCACAGACUCAACAAGCCCUUCAUGGACUAUGGGGACACAGUGAUGCAUGGACUGGAAGCUAGUCCCAACGCCUGGCUGCAAAACCACGCCCACUGGGGGAGGUACAUCGUGAUCUUCUUCCUCGUUGUCACCCAACUGGGCUUCUGUUGUGUGUACAUUGUGUUUCUGGCGGACAAUUUAAAACAGGUAGUAGAAGCUGUUAAUGGCACAACCAUCAGCUGCCACUACAACGAGACCAUCGAUCUGACACCCACCAUGGAUUCACGACUCUACAUGCUCGCCUUCCUGCCCAUUCUGGGGCUUCUGGUCUUCAUUCGGAACCUCCGUGUCCUUACCAUCUUCUCCAUGCUGGCCAACAUCAGCAUGAUGGUCAGCCUGGUCAUCAUUGCCCAGUACAUCAUCCAGGGAAUCCCAGACCCUAGCCGGUUGCCACUGGUAGCAAGCUGGAAGACCUACCCUCUCUUCUUCGGAACAGCCAUUUUCUCAUUCGAAAGCAUCGGCGUGGUCUUGCCUCUGGAAAACCAGAUGAAGGAUGCCCGCCGCUUCCCAACCAUUCUGUCUCUGGGGAUGUCCAUCAUCACCACCCUGUACAUUGCCAUUGGGACCUUGGGCUACCUGCGGUUUGGAGAUGACAUCAAAGCCAGCAUCACGCUUAACCUGCCCAACUGUUGGCUGUACCAGUCAGUCAAGCUCCUGUACGUCGUCGGCAUCCUGUGUACCUACGCCUUGCAGUUCUACGUCCCUGCAGAAAUCAUCGUCCCCCUUGCAGUCUCCCAGGUGUCAAAGCGCUGGAAACUGCCCGUGGACCUGUCCAUCCGUCUUGCCAUGGUCUGCCUCACAUGCAUGCUGGCCAUCCUCAUCCCACGCCUGGACCUGGUCAUCUCCCUGGUGGGCUCUGUAAGCAGCAGCGCCCUAGCCCUCAUCAUCCCGCCCCUGCUGGAGGUGACCACCUACUACUCAGAGGGCAUGAGCCCCCUGACCAUCACCAAAGAUGCCCUCAUCAGCAUCCUGGGCUUCGUGGGCUUUGUGGUGGGGACCUACCAGGCCCUGGAUGAUUUGAUUGAGUCUGAGAACUCUCUCCCCUUGUCCAACUCCACUAUGUUUAUUCAGUGA